AUGCAUGCCGCAAGUAUUAUUGACUUCGGACAUAACACCGGUGAAGAUUCGAAUUUUAUCACCAUAUUAGCGCUAAAGAUAGAUGAAGUGAUUUAUGUUAAUAGGCCGAAUUCAAAUCAAGAAGCCCACGCACUAUCUACCGUUAAGCGUCGAGCUAUACGCAAGAAUUUGUUCAUUUAUAAGAAAUGGGCGAAUGAAAAAUGGAAUCCAUCGAUUCAUCCUUCCUUCUCUCUGUCUCUCAUUUCCCUUCCUUCUCUUGCAUUCUUUUCUAUCUCGUUCAACGGAAUACGCUCUCAUUUCGAUACUCUCUAUCUCGAUCGUCCUACUUCUACGUUUUCUUUUUCAACUUUAUCAGCCACCUCUUCAUCUGCUUAUUUACAUCGAAGGCGGAGAGGCAGAGAAGGGAAGAAAGAUGAAGAGAGGAGUUGGGAUGCAACAGGAACAGGUAUAUUUCUAUCCACUUUCACUCCAGGACUUCGUGUCUUGAAUCAUGUGGAAGCGGUUGAUUAG